AUGCAGAUCUUGGUGGAUACCGGAGCCACCAAUACUUUCGUCAACUAUAACACGUUGCGUGCUCUUAAUCCUAACCUUUCAUUGAAUAAAUCUUCGUCGUCUUUUGUUCUUGCUGACGGUAUAGCACCAUUUCAAGUUUUAGGUACAGUGGACCUACAGAUAUUAUUUGAUGAUCACCUCACCUUUAUUACAGCAUAUGUUGCGCAAAACUUAUGUACGGACGUCAUCAUCGGUAUGGAUUACAUAACUUUUUAUAACCUUAAAUUUAACGUCCGUUCUCAACGCAUUUCGAUUGACCUCCAAGGUCGUCGACAUCAAGUCCCUACUAAUCCGAAUGUUGAGACUACAUUUAUCCCAGUUUUUCUACAUGAAGACACCUAUCUCCCUCCUCGUUCAUCUAGUUUUGCCAAUGUAUCAAUCCCUAUACCAUCACUUAGCUCGAUUUUCAUUCCUCAUUACCAAUUUUUACUAUCCAAUACAGCCACCAUACGGCACAAGUUCCUACAAUUCUAUGAUCACCGCUCUCAUAUCACUUUCUAUAAUACUUCCUUUCGCACUCAUUUCGUUCCGCGUGGAACUCAGAUCGGCUAUCUAUGUCAUCAUUCCCCGCUAAAAUCCGACCCCGUUCAUAAUAGUCCUUCGCAUGUGUCAUGUGGUGCCAUCAAUCUUUUUGGUGCUGUGCCAGAUUCUCAUGUCCAUGAUAUCGCUAUUUUGCCGAACAAUAGUCUCUCUUCAGUACUUUCAUGUGCACCUGUCAACUCGCUGUCUUCCUCUCUCAAGAGUAGUCUUCAUCAACUCGUCAGCCAUAUCAACGUUCCGGAACAGCGCCACGCACUCCUUAACUUGCUUGGCGAUUUUCAUUCUCUCUUCGAUACUAGUAAACAUAAUAUCGCUAACACAUCCAUUCACCACGUUAUCAACACAGUACCACAUGCGCCUCCCGCAAGCCGACCAUAUACGCAGCCCGAUACGGUUGAGGUUUUAUACAACAUGGUUCAAGAGUUCCUAGCGGCGAACUUAGUUGCCGAAUCUCAUUCCCCAUAUGCUGCACCUGCUUUUCUAGUUAAAAAGCAUGACGGGACAUAUCGUUUUGUAGUGGACUAUAAAAAAUUGAAUACGAUUACUAUCAAAGACUCCUCACCUUUGCCGAAUAUGGAAGCCACUAUCAUGAAACUAGGAGACGGUUACAAAUAUUUUUCGAAAUUAGAUCUUAAAUCAGGCUUCUAUCAGAUUCCGAUUCGAGAAGAAGAUAAAGAAAAAACAGCUUUCAUUACGCCUUUCGGCCUAUUCCAAUUUAACGUUCUUCCGAUGGGACUCAAAAACUCCCCACCGACUUUUCAAAAAGUCAUGUCUAAUACAUUGCAAUUUUGUCGUCAUUUUGCGCUUGUUUACCUUGACGAUAUAGUCGUUUUUUCUAAGACGUACGAAGAUCAUAUGUUUCAUCUAGCCCAAGUAUUUUCUGCGAUCCAAGAACGCAAUUUAGUAUUGAAUCCCCCUAAAUGUGAAUUACUUGUGUCUCAAAUCGACUAUCUAGGUCAUACAGUUAGCGCGACGACCAUUACUCCAUUGAAAGAGCGCAUACACGUCAUACUUGAUAUGAAAGAACCGCGUCUUCUCUCUCAUGCCAAUAAGUUUCUCGGUGCCCUUAGUUGGUACCGCAAAUUUAUACCUCAUUUUGCCACGAUCGCAGCUCCCAUUCAUGCGGUAACAAAUUUAACCCGCAAGAACCGCCAUAAGUUCCACUGGCGAUUUGCCCAAUCGCAAGCAUUUCAGCAGUUGAAGCAAUUGCUGGUUUCAGCGCCACUUUUUUUGCAUUACCCCGUACCGAACGUUCCUCUCAUUUUGACUACUGACGCUAGUAACAUUGGUAUCGGUGGAGUGCUACAACAGGAAGUUAAUGGCGAAUUACAUAACCUAUACUAUCAUUCACAAAUGCUAACGCGCACUGAACAAAAAUACAGUACUAUCGAAAAGGAGGCACUUGCGAUCUACAAAUGUUUCGCCCGCAUGCGACCUUUUCUCCUUGGACAACAGAUCAUUGUUAUGACCGACCAUUGUCCUCUAUGUCAUAUUAUGACUAAAACGAUUAACAAUGCGCGGGUAGAUCGCAUAACUACCCUAAUUCAGGAAUAUAAUAUCGAGCAGGUAGUCCAUAUAAAUGGUCGACACAACUGUUUACCUGACUACUUAUCUCGUUAUCCUCGCGAACAAACCGAUGAUCUAUUUGAUGUCGAGUAUGGCCUUCCCAGCCACACUGCUCCAUCACCGUCAGCAUCCACUCACAUUGUUGCUACCAUGACCUUACGACCUCGCCUCAACGGCAAAGUAGUUUCACAUCCCCCUCCAUCCACUAUAGAUCGCAACACAUCAUCCAGCUAUCAUUCACCUCAUCAACAUACACAACACCUAUCGCACACCAGUCAUGUUAAUUCCCCUUUUUCUACUAAUACUUUCGAUAUUGUACAAUUACAAACCGAACAACAGAGAGAUCCCUAUAUUCAACAGCAAAUCACACAGUUGUGUUCUAACUCCAACCCGACUUCCUUCUUCCUGAAGGAGAAUCUUCUGUAUAAAUCGAUUUGCCUCUCGCGUCGCGCGAAAACCAAAAAAGAAGUCCUAUGUCUUCCACAAUCAAUGAUUCUCUCCCUUCUCCAAGCGUGUCAUGAUGAUCCGAUGUCCGGUGGGCAUUUCUCUCUUGAUCGCACUUAUCUGAAAUUGAAACCACACUACUGGUGGCCAAAUAUGACCGAUUCCAUUAAACAAUACAUUCGGUCGUGUGCCUUAUGCCAACAGUAUAAUGUCAGUCGACAGAAAAAACCUGGUCGUCUUCGUUGCGUUCCUCCUCCCGAGGGACCUUUUCAAACUAUCGGUAUUGAUUAUUGUGGACCACUUCCACGCACACCCCGUGAGAAUCGCUAUGUACUAGUCAUCACUGAUUACUUCAGUAGGCAUGUAGUUGCAAUACCUUUACCGAAUUGUUCGGCGACCACUACAGCCGAAGCCUUGUUUAACGACUAUUUCUGCAAAUUCGGUAUUCCUUGUCUAAUUGUCAGCGACCAAGGGUCACAUUUCCGUAACCAGCUAAUGACUAAUAUGAGCUCCCUAAUAGGCUAUAAUCACAUCUACAGUACAGCAUAUCAUCCGCAAUCUAACGGCAUUGUAGAACGUUUUAACAGCACUUUCAUCCCGCAAAUUUCCAAGUUACAGGAUUGCGAACAUAAUAAUUGGGAUGAGUAUCUACAGGCUGUUGUCUUCGCAUAUAAUUCCGGUGUGCAUAAAACAACUCAAUAUUCACCGUAUGAAUUACUUUAUGGACGUCCACCACGACUUCCUUUCCAUCCACCUCCGACUCAUUUUUCAUUCCCUUUUCCUUGCGAUUAUUUAGACCACCUUCACAAGACACUCAAGAUAUAUCAUAAGUCUGCUCGCUCCUAUAUCGUUCAGCAGCAAGGUCGCAAUAAAUCACGCUAUGAUACUAAUCGUUCUGACCCCUAUUACAAUGUAGGCGAUCGCGUUCUUACACGCGUUCAUGGCAUGAACAAUAAGCUUGGUCCUCUCUUUUCACCAUCCCCAAAAAUCGUUGUACACACACUGCAUCCCACAUAUGUGGUUCGUGAUGAACAAACUCACAGUGACUUUCGCGUACACGUCAACGAUUUACGACCUUUAUGUCCGUUCUAA